AUGUUAGCAGCCUUACUGCGGCCCUGGGCAUCUGAAUUGCUGGCAGUUGUGCUCCGGUACGAUGUGGCGCUCGUCGCAGUUGUUCUGUCUGUCUCCGCCCAUAUGCUGACAUCCACUACGCGCGUGCUACCUGUUCGCAUGGAUGAGGAGAUAGUUGAGUCGCUGCCGUGGGAUGGCUUGCCAGAGGAUCUGUUCACUUGGACCCGUGCAUUCUUCACGGGACUGCUGCUCAGGAUACAGGAAUUGAAUGGACGAUUGGAAAGUGGCAGCGGGCCAGAGCUGGAUGUCGAGCAGGUUCAGCGUGAUUUCAUGGACAUCACGACUGUCCUGCUGGCGAUGGUUGGGUGUUUGUUUGCACUACUAACCCCGCUGAUAGCAGCGACAUGGUGGCUUCUGGAUCACCCAGCAUUGCCACAAGAGCACCUCAAUCAGGUGCUGACCCUCAUGUUCGGCUUCCUUGCGCCAGUAGAGCGACGGCUGCGACCGCUUUUGUUUGUCGGGCUGUCGGUUUCUGCAGCUCUCGGCGUUACAGGUGGCCCAGCAGAUCACGAAUUCCUCUCCCGCGAAGAUGGCGUUUCAUGCUCUUUGCAGCAUUUGCUAUACUUGGUUUGA